CGGAUAUGAUCGGCAUCAGUCACCGCUCAGAAAUGAAGGCGAUUUAAAGUGUUCAAACAAGAGCUCCGAGAAGACUUCUGAAGAUCUGACAGCUCUUGUGCGCAGUCACUGUCACAAGCGGCAAAAACUACUCUCUAAAAUAAUAUAUAAUGCACUUUGUUCAGCAGUGGAGGGACGCUUGAUUGACAGAGACACGGAACUAAAGUUUCGCAUUCCUUCAUUACACUCGGACGUAUAUAUAACCCGGACAACAGAACAUUUCUUUGCCAAGAAUGACUUAUAUGCUGCUUUCAGGAUGAUCUGAGUAUACAUACAUACUUUCUUUUGUAUAACGCGUUGUCUGUAACAGUGGAUAGACAUACGGCUGUGUGAUUAAUGUGAUGAUGGAGUCGGGACGGUGGAAAGGUUUGAGCAGUGUCCUGUCUUCCCUGUCUCUGCUCUGUGUGGUUCUGGAUCUACAGCUGGACGGUGUGUUAGGAGCCGCUCCUGUAGAGAUAGAGCAUCAUUUAGAAAUGGGCCGUAAGCUGCUGGCAGCCGGACAGUUGGCUGAGGCCCUUUCCCACUAUCACUCAGCUGUGGAGGGCGAUUCUAAGAAUUACCUGACUUACUACAAACGUGCUGCCGUAUUUCUGGCCAUGGGCAAGUCCAAAUCAGCACUGCCAGACCUGACCCAAGCCAUAAACCUCAAGCCGGACUUCCUCGCUGCCAGAUUGCAGAGGGGUAAUAUUCUGCUGAAACAAGGAAGCACCCAAGAGGCCAGAGAAGACUUCCAAGCAGUACUGAAGCGUUCCCCUGAUAACAAGGAAGCGCAUGAUCAGCUCCUCAAGGCCAAUGAGCUAGAGUUACUCCAGAAAAAGGCACAUGAGGCGCAUCACAUUGGCGACUACGUCACUUCUGUCCAGGAGCUGGAGCGGGUCAUAGAGCUCUCACCAUGGGACCCCGAGUCUCGCGAGCUAAGGGCCGAGUGCUACAUCUGGCUCGGUGAGCUACAGAAGGCCAUUCUGGACUUGACUCCGGCAACACGUCUACGCGCUGACAACCGAGCGGCCUUCCUCAAACUCAGUCAACUCCACUACAGUCUGGGCGAGCAUCACGAGUCACUUAAUCAGGUCCGUGAGUGUCUAAAGCUAGAUCAGGAUGAUAAGGAGUGUUUCGCCCACUACAAACAGGUCAAAAAGCUCAGCAAGCAGCUGGACUCUGCAGAGGAGCUGAUCUCAGAACAGAGGUAUCAGGAAGCCAUCGACAAGUACGAGUCAGUGAUCAGAACAGAGCCAAAUGUUAAGUUCUACACUAAGGCAAAGGAGAGGAUCUGUUUUUGCCUAGUCAAAAUGAAGAGUGCAGAGAAGGCAGUAGACAUAUGUUCGGAAGCUCACCAGAGAGAACCUCGGAAUAUACAUAUCCUGCGGGACAGAGCGGAGGCCUACAUCCUACUGCAGGAAUAUGAGAAGGCUGUGGAGGACUAUCAAGAGGCUCAGGAGUUCGAUCAGAAUAACCAGGAGAUUCGUGAAGGUCUUGAUCGGGCACAGAAGCUCCUCAAGCUCUCUCGAAAGAGGGACUAUUACAAGAUCCUGGGGGUGAGCAGGAGUGCCAACAAACAGGAAAUUAUAAAAGCAUAUAGGAAGCUGGCUCAACAAUGGCAUCCUGACAAUUUCCAGUCUGAGACGGAAAAGAAAGAAGCAGAGAAAAGGUUUAUAGAUAUUGCCUCGGCAAAGGAAGUGCUCACAGAUCCAGAAAUGCGACAAAAGUUUGAUUCUGGUGAGGAUCCUUUGGACCCAGAAAAUCAGCAGGGUGGAGGAGGGGGAGGCAGAGAAUGGCCCUUCAACCCCUUUGAGGGUGGAAACUUUCAUUUUAAGUUCCACUACAACUGAUAACGAAGUGGCUGAUGCAGUAUAAAUGGACAGCGAUAUGGACUAAUUAUUAUGAAGCCUGGCAAGACGAUAUCUAAACUGAACUUUGGUGAAACCUUAUCAAAGGGACACUUUAAUACAUUUUACUUGAUAUGGAAAACUCAAUUUGAGUCGGAGACCAAAAUGGAGUCAUAAACCCAGCUGAAAAAUUUCAUUUGAAAAUGUUCAAACUUUCUUUGAUUUACAUGCCAUCACUCUCAUUACUUCAUCUCUCUCUCCUCCCUUUUCUGUUGCUUAUAUUUUUUUAUUGAAUGACAGUCCAAAAUUUAGGGUUGUAGAUUCUUUUGAGCUGUGCCAUGCGCUCCUGACACCGAUGUCAAAUUUGCAUUCUUAAACUCUUAUGUGCCUGGCAUGAAAGAGUUGAACAGUAUUGCAGGUUUUUCCAUGUUUCUGUCCAAUGUCUGUUUUAGAUUACGGUAAAAACCGAGAGAAAUAAAACUAUUUUUAAAUCCUUUCCAAAUUUCUUUUUUAGACCGCAUCAUUUCUACUAUGAAAUUACUUUGUCUGGAAAUGAACCGGCUCUUGUGCUGCUUUAUAGCCUGACACCUUUGAUCUGACAGCAGACUUCAGGGUGAAACUGUUCAACUGUCCUGAAUGAUAAUUCAGAUGAUGGGCUAUUAACCAGCAUUCUUCUAGUUAUUUCUGUGAUACAUUUCUGCAGGUUGCUGUCCUGAUACACAACAGUUUCAAACUGUUGCGUAAACAGAGUUGCCUCAGCACUUUCUACUUCCUCUUAAGUCCUUUGACCUCACUGCUGUUAAGGACAUUGGUCUUCUUAAUGGUUUCAUGUCUGUUUUCAUUUGUUUUAAGAUAAACAAAAUCUUGAAAUCUCUCCAGGAUAGACUGAAUUAAAAAACAAGUAUAUUAAAGACU